AUGAUGAUACUCGUUAAUCUUGUAUUGAUUGUUACGGCAGUAAUACUUUUCUUUAUAUAUGCCAGUCAGAAGGACAGCAUCGGUAUGAGAAAUCUGUUCGGCGUGAAGAACCCGGUCUGGAAGUACCUGCGCACCAAGAUCGCGCCCACGCUGACGAGGAACAAGCUGAGGCAGAUGUUCCCGCUGAUGAUGGAGAUCGGCACGCCGAUGAUGGAGUAUCUGGAGAAGCAGCCAGCGGUCCGCGGCAAUGCGAAGCUCGUGGACGUGCAGGAGCUCAGUUACAAGUACACGACCGAUUUGAUCGCGUCCGUCGCCUUCGGCACGAAAAUGGACACCUUUCACAAUCCGAACACGGAGUUCUCGUCCGGAGUUUACAAAUACUUUCACUCGUUCAAGAGGAUGGUCGCUCUGGUGACGGUGUUCUUCAUGCCCGAGCUGGUGGAGCUGAUCGGGACGAAGAUACUUUUUGACUUCUCCUUCGCGCGUAAGGUUUUCUGGAGCGCGAUGGAGAAUCGCGAAAAAACCGGCGAUAAACGAGGCGACUUCAUCGACUCGUUGCUCCAACUCAAGUACGGCGAACAGAAUCCUGUUUACAAAUUUGAAGGUGAAAAUCUGCUGCAUCAGUCCGGUACUUUAUUUUCCGGCUUCGAAUCGAGCAGUACCUGCAUGUCCUUCACCCUGAUGGAACUAGCGAAUUAUCCAGAGUGUCAGGACUUAGCCAGGCAGGACAUCAAUCAAGCAAUCGCCAAGCAUGGCUGGUCAUACGAAGCGUUCAACGAUAUGAAGUAUCUUGAUCAAGUGAUAGCCGAAGCUCUUAGACUGCAUCCACCAGUGUCCACCAUCGACAGAUACACUCGUCAAGAUUACAGAAUUUCUGGCACCGAUAUCAUUAUUGAGAAAGGAACACCGGUAUUUAUUUCUCUGUACGGACUCGGUGAAGAUCCGAAGUUUUGGCAUGCGCCGGAAGUAUUCAACCCUGACAGAUUCGCUGAGAAUAACUGCGACACGAGCGUUUACCUACCGUUCGGAUUAGGUCCCAGGAUGUGCGUAGGAAUGAAGGUGGGUCAGCUACACGCUAAAGUUGUCUUAGCGUUGCUUAUACACAAUUACGAAAUCUGGCAAACCCAGGAGCACAAGAGCGUUCUGGAUUCGCGAUCGACCUUGACGGCAGCGGGCAACGGGAUAAACUUAUACUUCAAGAAGAUUGUCCAAUAACGCGUCUAUCAAGUCUAUCGAGUAAACAUUUUUACUGCACGGAAAAAAAAAGUAGCUGCCAUAGCUAAAAACUGCGUGUGGUAACUAGAUUGCAGUCGUAAUAUAUGGACACCUAACAUCUUAGCUGUGAUAGCUAUUUCAUUUAGCUGAUAAAAUUUAGCUACCUGAUACACAAAGUUUAGCUACAGUAUAUAUUUUAGUUAGCAAUCAUACCAAAUAUAUUGUAGCAAUUAGUUGUAGCUGUACACUAUUUAUAUGUGGGAGACACAACUUUUGCUGUCGUUGCAAAUACUUUUGCUAUGGCGGCAAAACUAAUGCUGUAUCCAAAAUAUACUCUGUAACUAAAAAUGUAUCUAAGGUAGCUACA